AGAACGAAAGGGGCUUCGACUAUUGUUUACUUAAUUAAAGAUUAUAUUUAUUUAUAUUACUUUUUUGAACUUAGUUAUAAAUGUCGUCGUUUAGGUGAAAAGAUCAAAAUCGAAAUGCUUUUUUCUUUAUUUUUACUUUUUUUUUCAAUGCUGCUCACGAUAUUAAUAAUGUAUAAGUGUCAAGUUCGUUUGUAAAAAGGUGAAGUGUGCUGCUUCGUCAUACCGAGUAUUGACAUGCAAAACGAUUAUUUUCAAUCACGUGACGAUCAAAUACGUCACAAAGUGUCAGCAACCCAUCCCAGACUAGACGAUUGCCCGAACACAUAAAGGAGAGAACGUGUUCUGUACCUACCUACCCCUUCUUAAGAGAUUUUUUUUUACUCCUGUUUAUCCCGACUUUUUAUAUUCCGAUCACGUGUAUUAGUUAGACAACCUGCUCUGACAUCACUAACGUUCUAACGUGGUUACACGUGAAUUGAAAAGUGUAGAAAGUGAAGCGGCUUUCUCAACUCAAAUUCAUCAUUUUUUUUUAAGCAUCAUUUAAUAAAAGAUGAAGCGGAUAUUACCCUCUGCUAUUCAUCGUCAUCUCUAUAGAUCGCGUGUAUCUACAGCCACGGAUUCAUUUGAAGCAUCUACAAAUGAAUUACCUUCAUUUACAAUUGAAGAAGAGCAUUCUCGUAUUAAAGAAUUUUCCGAAAUUCCAGGACCUAAACCACUUCCAGUUAUUGGUAAUAUCUGGAGGUAUCUGCCUGUUAUUGGCGAGUACGAUCCUAAUAGACAACACAUAAAUUAUGAAAAAAUGUAUAGAGAAUAUGGUAGUAUAGUUAAAGAAGUAGUUAUAGGGAAGAGAAUUGUUGUUCAUCUCUUCGAUCCUAACGAUAUGGAAACUUUAUAUAGAAAUGAAGGAAGAUAUCCAAGCAGACUGAGUCAUCGCGCAUUGUUGAAGUAUCGCAAGGAACGACCGCAUUUGUAUAACAAUGGCGGAUUGUUUCCUAGCAAUAAUGAAGAAUGGCAUAGAUUAAGGCAAGCUUUUCAACGAAGUCUUCUUCACUCCAGUAUAAUAAACGAGUAUAUUUCUCCUUUACAAGAACUUUCUGAAGAUGUAAUUGGAAAAAUCAAGAAAAUAAGAAAUAGCCAGAAUCAAGUGGACGACUUUCAAAAAGACCUUUACAAAUGGGCUAUUGAAUGUACAGGAAUUAUAACGCUGAAUAGGAGAUUAGGUUGCAUAGAGAAAGGUCUGUGCACGGAAGAAGAAAUAAACAACUUAGUUAAAUCUGCUGGAGAUACACAUCAGGCCGUAAUGAUCACAGAAAAUGGCUUACCUCUAUGGCAACUAUUUCCAACUGCAGCUUAUAGGAGUCUUGUGCAUGCUCAAGACGUAAUGACCAAAAUUCUUAAAAGAUUUUUAGAAAAGUCGAAGAAUGAAACAGAAUGCAAGUCAGCCAUAUUAAAUAGGUUUAUGUCUAUGCCAAAUAUAGAUGAGAAGGAUAUUUUUGCUAUGAUCCUCGAUAUGUUUCUAGCUGGUAUAGAUACGACUGCCUAUUCUGCUGCUUUCACUCUAUAUCAUCUGGCACGAAAUCAAGAAUGCCAAAAAAUUUUACAAAAGGAAUUAAAGAGCAAAUUACCAAGCAAAACAUCUGAAAUAUCAGCAGAAACACUAAAAUCAUUACCGUAUUUAAAAGCUUGUAUCAAAGAGAGUAUGAGGUUAAAUCCUAUAGCAAUAGGAACCGGUCGAAUUUUACCAAAAGAUUUGAUAGUUUCAAACUACAGGCUUCCAGCAAAGACGAUGGUCAUCGCUCAUCAUCAAGUUGCCUGUAGACAGUUUCAAAAUUUUCCAGAUGCCUUAUCUUUUCGUCCAGAAAGAUGGCUCAGAAAUGAUUUUCGAAAUACAAUACAUCCUUUUCUUGUUCUCCCUUUUGGAUAUGGUCCUAGAAUGUGUAUAGGUCGUCGUUUUGCCGAACUUGAACUUUAUAUUCUCGUCUCCAAGAUAUUCCGUCAUUUUAAUUUGGAAUAUCAUUGGGAAGAUAUAGAUUGUUUCACACGACUUAUUAAUGUUCCAGAUAAACAGUUAAGGCUAAAAUUUAUAGAUACGGAUUGAGAAUAAAUAUCAGAUUGUCGGUUCCGGAAUUUUUCAAGAAUAA